GCACCCGCCCUGCUUCCUGCCCCCGCCCCUUCCUUCGCCAGUUUUCCCUCCCUCCCGGCUGGACCCAGCGUCCAUGGUGACGGACGAUAACCAGCUGAGCCAGGGACAAAGCUGGCCGCCGCGUCCGCGCCUUUGCUUUACGCUCCAGUUACUCCCCGCAGAGGCGAAGGAGGCCUGGGCCGGGGAAAGCCCCCUACCCGGAACUGGAGCACGGGGGCAUCACUGUUCUGCAAUUGUGCAUGACCCCGUGGCCACUUUGAGGCAGCUCUGUCACCUCCUGCAUGCACACACUGGAGAAAGAUUCUCCCCGGGGCGCCCCCUCCAGUGGUGGGGGGGCAGUGAGCAGCAGGAAGGACACCGGGUUCCCAGGGAGCCGCCCCACAGCUUAAUGAUUGCCCAGACAGUGGCUAUAAAGGGAGCCGGGGAGCCCAGCACUUGAGACACAGGCCGAAAGCCCCGACUCAGCAGUUUAGGUGUCACGGAGAAGGGACAGACAGGCCAGCUUGUGGUGCCCAGAGCAGCUGGAGUCCCAGAGGGUAGGGCAGGGCCCCCUGCUCCCUCCCUGUGGACAUCAUGGUUGCCCGGAGCUAUGGGUAUUACCGAACUGUGAUUUUUUCUGCCAUGUUUGUGGGCUACAGCCUCUAUUACUUCAACCGGAAGACCUUCUCGUUUGUUAUGCCAGCCCUGGUGGAAGAGAUCGCACUAGACAAAGAUGACUUGGGACUCAUCACCAGCAGCCAAUCCGCCUCAUAUGCCAUCAGCAAGUUUGUGAGUGGGGUGCUGUCGGACCAGAUAAGUGCCCGCUGGCUCUUCUCAUCUGGGCUGCUGCUGGUUGGACUGAUCAAUGUGGCUUUCUCCUGGAGCUCUACAGUGUCUGUCUUUGCCACCCUCUGGUUUCUCAACGGGCUGGCCCAAGGGCUGGGCUGGCCCCCUUGUGGGAAGGUGCUACGGAAGUGGUUCGAGCCAUCCCAGUUUGGCACCUGGUGGUCCAUUCUGUCAACCAGCAUGAAUCUGGCUGGAGGGCUGGGCCCCAUCAUGGUCACCAUCUUGGCACAGAACUACAGCUGGCGUAGCAUCCUGGCACUUUCAGGGGCACUGUGCGUGGUUGUCUCCUUCCUCUGCCUCCUCUUCAUCCAGAAUGAACCAGCCGACGUUGGGCUACGAAACAUUGACCCCACCCCCAAAAAGGGCAAGAAAGGCUCCCAGGAUGAUGAGAGCACUCUCCAAGAACUGCUGCUGUCCCCAUACCUGUGGGUUCUCUCCAUUGGCUACCUGGUGGUGUUUGGGGUAAAAACUUGCUGCACUGACUGGGGCCAGUUCUUCCUUAUUCAGGAGAAGGGGCAGUCAGCCCUUGUGGGCAGCUCCUAUAUGAGUGCCCUGGAGGUUGGGGGCCUUGUGGGUAGCAUUGCAGCUGGCUACCUGUCAGAUCGAUCUAUGGCAAAGGUGGGGCUGACAGAAUAUGGGAGCCCACGCCAUGGACUGUUGCUCUUCAUGAUGGCUGGGAUGGUUGGGUCCAUGUACCUCUUCCGAGUUACAGUUACUAGCGAUUCCCCCAAGGAUGCUGCCUUCUGGACACCAGCUCUACACCCUCUGGCUGAGCUCACUGGCUUCACGGAGCAUGAGCUCUGGAUCCUGAUACUGGGUGCCAUCUUUGGUUUCUCCUCCUAUGGUCCCAUUGCCCUAUUUGGAGUGAUUGCCAAUGAGAGUGCACCUCCCAAUUUGUGUGGUACCUCUCAUGCCAUUGUAGGGCUAAUGGCCAAUGUGGGCGGAUUCCUGGCUGGGCUACCUUUCAGCACCAUCGCCAAGCACUACAGCUGGAGCACUGCCUUCUGGGUGGCAGAGAUGACCUGUGCCAUCAGUACCAUUGCCUUCUUCAUGCUCCGAAACAUCCGAACCAAGAUGGGUCGGCUGCCAAAGAAAGCUGACUGAAGGCAGGCGCAGGGGGUUCUUUGGUGCCUAUGUGUGCUUCUCAGGCUGGCACAGAGCCUCUGGCUUCCCUUUUCUGCCUCUUUGACCCACAUAGUCAUUGAGGUUAUCAUUAUAGAAUAGGGCUCCAGUUCCUGACACCCUUUGCCUGUCAAUUUAUUUAAAUUAUAACCUUUGUUCCCAAGCUAUGGCAGCUCUCCAUCCUGUGCCCAAAACAAAUAGUUACACAAUUGAGCCUGCGUCAGGGUUAGGUCCCCUGUGCCCAAUUGCCUCCCACUACCCCAUUUCCACUCCUCUCCCUUUGGUAUCUAGGAAAUGCCUUGACCACGUCGAGCAAUUUGGUCAGCCAAGAAGCCAUGCUGACAUUCUACUAACCUCACUCCCACUGUGCAGAGGACACCCCCAGACACCAACUUCGAGUACUAAUUAAAACCUGAGGACUCAAGAAUAGGGGAUGGGGCACUUUUACCUUUUAUACUCUGUACAGAAUUGGAAUAGGGAGCAAAUUCAAGCAUUGUAAUGAAAAAACAAAAACAAACCAACUAGAUUUGAUACUAAA